AACGCUGAAGGAACUCAGCAGGCCAGGCAGCAUCUCUGGAAAAGGGUAAGUAGUCGACGUUUCUGGCCGAGGCCAGUCAAAGACUGUUUACUCUUUUCCAUUGAGGCCUGAUGAAGGGUCUCGGCCCAAAACGUCGAUUGUUUACUCUUUUCCCUAAAGUCCUGAUGAAACGUCACGGCCCGACCGUGCGGACACCAUCCAAUCAAGGCCCAAAGUUCCUGAGAUUGUAACAAGCAGGAGACCGGAGAUGCUGGAAACACACGGAAAGCGGGCAAAACCCCCUCUGAUUUUCAGUCAGAAACAUCCUGUCGGCUGGACAAAAUGGUAUUCCUCCGAUGUAUCUGCAUUCUGAUCUGUUGGAUGCGUCGGGCGCAGUUCGAGCCGAUCCUGGACCAGUAUCCCGCUGAAAUACUUGUGGUCAAAGGAGGAAAGCUGGAAUUGACCUGCGCUGCGAAUGAGCCUCUCGGUCGGUUGGCUUGGUACAGGAUAGACGAGAACUCUGUAUCACAUUUUGUGAUCUCAAUGAAUGUCAUGGAUAAAAUACAGCGGGGAUAUGGGAUAGAUGAACGUUUCACGUCCGUCAAAACCAACUUUCGUUCAAAAUUCAGCUUAGUAAUUAAAAAGGCGCAACCUACGGACAACGGCACCUAUCACUGUAUGAUGAAGCAGCAGGAUAAAGUGCACCUCGGAGCUGGAAGUGUGGUGACUGUAGUUCCAGAGAAAGCGAUAGUUGUAACUUCACCGCCUACAACUACAACUGCAACAACUCUCAAAAUCAUUCGGCACAAACACCCGCUGCAUAACAAGAAGAAAUGGGAAAAAAAUGAGUAUGUCUGCGACUGGCCUAUCUGGGCAUCACUGGCUGCCUUCAACAUUCUGCUCAUCAUUUCCAUCCUUUUUGUCUUCAUCCAUCAUAAGAAUAAGUAUUACCGAAGGCGAUGUCCCCACCAGUUUCGCAAGGGAUAAGGAAGGAAAAUGCCGCGGGACUCUCAGUGAAUGGCCGGGCGGGAGGGAGGGAUGGUGCAUCUGCCCAUGGACUCUGCGUUGUAUCACUUUUACUGCAAUUUUACCAGAAGCCUGCCCACUCCCCGGGCAGGGUCUCUUGAUGUAUUGUCUCUCACAUUCUGCAUUACACUCUGAUCGAUUAAACUUAAGGAAUCUACGGAUACUUUAGGAAGUUAAAAGGAAGCUGCCGCGCUGUUUUAAAUCCCGACCUACGUAGUUUAGAAAUGACGGCGAGUCCGGGAAAAUGCAACUGUACAUUAAAACUAAUAGAAAAUUGUUUUAAAAUAGAAUAUUCCACUACAAAAGUGAUGUGCAUUUGAUUGGUGUGUACACGGAGGGAUCUAACACCCUGCUACUUAAUAUCCCACGCCGAAGGACACAAUGCUAGGUCCCGAGGUCGAGACAAAGUUUGCCUUAACAAACGGAGAGAGCGCGCAGAACGGCACAGCACAGGACAGGCUCUUCGAACCGCCAUGUCUGUGCAAACUAUGGUGCAAUUUAAUUUAAUCCCAUCUGCCCGCACGUAGACUAUAUCCCUCCAUUCCUUCUUCGUGUCCCCGUCUAAUGGCUCUUUAACGUUGCUAUUCCAUGAGACCAUAAGGCAUAAGGAGCAGAACCAGGCCAUUCAGCACAUCGGGUCUGCUCCGCCAUUCCAUCAUGGCUGAGUUAUUACUCCCCUCAGACCCAUUCUCUUCCCAACUCCCCGUCACCUUUGACACCCUGACUGAUCAAGAACCUAUCAGCUUCCGCUUUAAAUAUACCCAAAGGCUUACCAUCCGCAGCUGUCUGUGGCAAUUUUUCACAGGUUCGCCACCCUCUGCCGAAAGAAAUUCCUCCUCGUUGCUGUUCUAAGUGGAUGUCCGUCUAUUCUUAGGCUGUGCUCUCUGGUCCCAGACUCUCCCGCUAUAGGAAACAUCCUCUCCACAUCCACGCUGUCUAAGCCUUUCAAUAUGUGAUAGAUUUCAAUGAGAUCCCCAGCCCCCCCAACCACCACCACACUUACAGGUAUUCUUCUAAACUCCAGUGAGUACAGGCCCAGAGCUCUGCAUAUGUUAACCCUUUCAUUCCUGGGAUUAUUCUUGUGAACUUCCUCUGGGACCCUCUCUUCAAUGCCAGCACAUCUUUUCUGCGAUAAGGGGUCCAAAACUGUUCACAAUACUGUACUCUGUGCAGUCUGACCAAUGCCUUAUAAAGACUCAGCAUUACAUCCUUGAUUUUAUGUUCUAGUCCUCUCAAAGUGAAUACUAACAUUACAUUUGCCCUCUUUACCACUAAUUCAACCUGCAAGUUAACCUUUUGGGAAUCCUGCAUGAGGUCUCUGAAGUCCUUUUGCACCUCCAAUUUUUGAAUUCUCCCCAUUUAGAAAAGGUCUACACCUUUAUUCCUUCCUCUAAAUUGCAUGAAAAUACACUUCCAUACACUAUAUUCUAUCUGCCACUUCUUUGCCCCCAAUCUGUCUAAACUCUUCUAUAGACUCCCUUCUUCCUCAACACUACUUGCCCCUCCAACAAUCUUUGAAUCAUCUGCAAACUUGGCCACAAAGCCAUCAAUUCUGUCAUCCAAAUCAUUGACAUAUAAUGUGAAAAGAAGUGAUCCCAACACUGACACGUGCAGAGCACCACUAGGUCAUCGGCAGCCAACUAGAAAAGGCCCUCUUUAUUCCCACUUCUUGUCUCCUGCCAGUCAGACAAUCUUCCAUCCAUAUUGAUAUCUUUCCUGUAAUACCGUAGACUCUUAUCAAGUUCAGCAGCCUCAAAUGCCCUCUGAAAAUCCAAGUAUAAAACACCUACUGACUCUCCUUUGUCUAUCCUGCCUGUUAUUUCCUCAAAGAAUUCCAUCAGAUUUGUCAGGCAAGAUUUCCCCUUCAGGAAACCUUGCUGACUUUGGCCUAUUUUAUCAUGUGCCUCCAAGUACCCCAAAACCUCAUUCCAUCUGCUUCUUCCUUUCUGUUGGUUGUGUGUUCAAGGUAUUGACCAAGUUCUCUGUAAAAUCUCACCUCCUAUACCUUCUUUAAACUUACCUGCUUGCUCCCGUAGAGCUUUUCUCUCUGGUAUUUAACAUUUCCACCUGGGGGAUAUGGUCAUAUCACAACUUGUCCUAAGUCUGUAAGGGUUUGCUGUUAGAGCUCUAUUACAGUCCACAGCGCACUUCUGAAGUGGAUAACUAAUGCUUUGUUAAAAAUGCAGUUCCCCUGAAAAAUAAAGAAUUUUUGUCUUUUUAAUUACGUUGAUUGAGAUAAAAAUAAAUUUACCAGCAACACUAGCUGAGACAACUGGUGUCCCAAGAUCUAAAUGCCUACAUCAGGGAAUAGACAGACACAGCCCAUCUAUGAGAAAAUUGACCAUUUUUAAUUGGACUGGAAGCUAAACUCAGCCGAAGAGAAUUUUAACUUAGAGGUACAGCACAGUAACUGCUCCUUCCAACCCAGUGGGCCUGCACUGUACCUCUAGAUUAAGCCAACUGCUGUGCUGCCAUGCGCCCCACAAUUGCCCAGCUCCAGCCAAAAUAAAUUCUGAAAUUUAAAAACAAAGAAAGAGCAAAGACGAGAUCUGAAUUAAAAACAGAAAAUGCCAGAAAUGAAGUCAAUGUUUCAGGUCAAUGAUCUGAAAUUACUGGACUUUCAGUUUCUUUAGUGUUGAUGGAAGUUCCUGAGAGGUUUUUUCCUCACAUUGAUGGUGGUUGCACAUUAACAAUAAUUCAUGAGAUGUGAGGAACAACCAAACUUCCUGCCCUUCUUUAUAAUUGUCGGCUUUUUUGGCCUCCUUCUGUUUCCCAGUCUUUUCUCUGUUGUUCUCUCUUUCUCACCUUUGGGCAGAGGGGUUUGAAUCUCUGGAAUUCCCUACCGCAGAAGAUUAUGGAGCCAGAUUCAUUGGGAGGGGGACAAUGUUACUUGAAAAAAGUAAUAGAUAAUCUUUUAUUUAAAGGAUCAGGGAAUUGAGAGCUUUGGGGGAACUGGAACAGAUAAGGAGGUGGAACAUUGGACAGAUCAUAUUGAAUGCCAGGACAGACUUGAGGGGCUGAAUGGCCUACACCUGCUCCUAUUUCCUUUUAUUGUCUUAUGUUUUCCUUUUCCCAGUGUUGGCAGUAUUGUACAAUAACAAAUUAUAGAGUCAUACAGCCUGGAAACAGGCUCUUCGGUGCAACUCAUCCCUGCCAAGCUAGAUCCACUGUCACCCAUUAAACUAAACUGGUCCUAAUUGCCUGUUCUUGAUGCGUAUCCCCCAAACCUUUCAUCUCCGUGUACCUGUCCAAGUGACUAUUGUACAUGCUUCCUCCAAUUCUCCUGGCAGCCCACUCCACGUAUGCACUGGCCUCUGUGUGAAAGGGUUUCCCACCCGCCCCCUUCCAGCUCCUGACAAAUUUUUACCCCUUGGUCCUUGGUUCCACAAUACUGCAGCGAUGGGGAGUGGUGAAAUCAGCACACUGAUGCGUUACACCAACCCUGCCCACUUCCUCCGUACCAGAACACUUAAUUACAUUCAUUGUCAAUGUAUGCCAAACUACCCUUACACCAGAGGGCUUUAGUUUGAGAGACUGGGAAACAGAGGUUUGGAUGUCAUAUUUCAGUUCUACAGACCCAUGGUUAGAUGCAAGCUGGAUAUAGACACUCAGUAGUCACUUUAUUAGGUACAGGAAUGGAACCCGGUGUGGUCCUCUGCUGCUGUAGCCCAAACACUUCAAGGUUUGAUAUGUUGUCCAUUCAGAGGUGCUCUUCUGCACGCCAUCAAUGUCACAUCUGGUCAUUUGAGUUCCUGUCACCCUCCUGUCAGCUUGAAUCACUCUGGCCAUUCGGCACUGAUGUCUUUCAUUCACAAGGCACUUUCACCCACAAAACUGCCAUUCACUGGAUGUUUUUUUUUGUUUUUCAUAAACUCUAGAGACUGUUAUGCAUGAAAUCCCCAGGAGAUCAGCAGUUCCUGAGAUACUCACACCACCCUGUCUGGCACCAACAAUCACUCCACAGUCAAAGUCACUUAAAUCACAUUUCAUGCCCAUUCUGACGCUUAGUCUGAACGUCUUGACAUUAUCUGCAUGCUUAAGCAUUGAGUUGCUGCCACAACUCGAUGGUUAGAUAUUUGCAUUAAUGUGCAGGUGUACCUAACAAAGUGGCGACUGAGAUACAAUACCAGAUAACAAUGGUAUCACAAAGAAUUACUUUUUGAGGACAGCUGUGUAAGCUUUGCUUCUAUUAGUUUGUGUUCAGAAAGGAAUUAAUUCAGUGGGUAGCAAAAAAAAAAUUAAUUUUUAUGGAAUGGAAAUCAAGCCUACAUGUUACGUGUCUUUGGGGUAAAACAAGUUAAAACCUCCCAGAAAUCAUGGAUAGGAACAGGUGUAGAGGUUGAGAAGGUAAAGGAAGCUAGCUAUAGCAUACACCAAAAUUGGAUGAGCAUCAGUAAAACUGAAUUGAAAUACGAGUUAACGGAGACACCCAACACCUUGCAGCUGCUGGAGAUCUUGAGCAACACAGCAAAAUUCUGCAGGGAAUCAACAGGCAGCACUCAUGGUGAGCCCAAAAUAGCAACUGGUUAUUUUCCUCUACAGAUGCUGCCUGACCUGCUGAGCUCCUCCAGCAUUUUAUGUGUGUUGUUGAAAAAUUAACGGGACUGAAAGGUGAGAAAUCCCUGAAUCCCAAGUAUUUGAAGGAGCUGAAAUUUUGAAAAAUAAUAACUAUUGUCUUCCAAAAUUUCAUAGAUUUCAAAAUUUCCAUUGGUUGACAGGUAACAAGUGCAACACCACUAUUUAACAAGGGAGGGAGAGAAAAGUGGGAAAUACAUUUGUAUGUAUAGGAGAGUAAAGAAAAUUAGGGGAUAAGAAUUGAUAAAGUGGACAGACAGUGCCUCUUUCCUAGGGCAAAAAUGGCUAAUAGGAGAGGGAAUAACUUUAAGGUAAUUGUGCAAAGUAUGGUUGUGGGGGAGGGGUGUCAGAGGUAUGAUUUUUACACACGUGAUGGCAAAUGCAUUGAACACACUGCUGGAGACAGAUACAAGAGGAACAUUUAGCAGACAUUAGAUGGGCACAAGGAUGAAAGAAAAUAUUGAGAGCUUUGUGGGAGGGAAGCAUUAGAUUGAUUUUGGAGGCUUGCACAACAUUGUUGGCUGAAGGGCCUGCAUUCCGCUGUAAUGUUCUAGGUACAGACCUGUUAGUCCUGGAUCCAUGCUAAAGGAAAUUCUGUAAAGGAUGCUUUCUAUCUGAAAAAAAAUAGAACAACUCAGCAGGUUAGACAGCUUCUCUGGAAAGAGGAAUAGUUAAUGUUUUAGGCCAAAAACCCUUUAUGGUCAAAGGGAAUUUCUCUGAUAGUGUGAAAUAGUGUAGCCAUUAAAGACAGUUAACCUCCCAUGAUGAGGCCACACUCCAGUUGGAGGAACACUUCAUAUUGCAACCUUGUGGCAUGAACAACGAUUUCUCUAACUUCCAGCAAUUUGUCUCCCUCCCCUUCUCUCUAUUCCAUUCCUCACUAGGCUCCUCUUCUCACCUGCUCAUGGCCACCCCGCUUCUUCCAUGGGAUUCAUUGUCCUCUUCUGUCAAAUCCCUUCUUCUUCAGCCCUCCAUCUUUUUCACCUAAUACCUCCCAGUUUCUUACUCCCCCAGCACUCCCCCCCACCCCCGUCGCCAGCCUUCCCCCUCAACUGGCUUCACGUGUCACCUGCCAGCUUGUACUUCUUCACCUUCCCCCACCUUCUUAUUCUUGGCCUGAAACAUUGACUGUCUGUUCCCCUGCCUGACUCGCUGAGCUCCUCCAGCAUUUUGUUUAGGCUCCUUUGUCUGUGCAAUGUGUCACUAAUGUCAUGAUAUUCAGGCAGCACGGUAGUGUAGUGGUCAGCGCAACGCUUUACAGGUUCAAUUCCCGCCAGUCGCUGCCCGUGAAAUUGGAGGUAGCUGGGCAGCUCGGCUCGAAGAGCUGGAAAGGCCUAUUCUGCCCUGUAUCUCAAUAAAUGUCAGAAAUGAAGAAGGGAGGAAGGAGGAAUGGCCAGCAAAAACAACCGGUUGGUGGACUUGUGGUGGAGUUUUCUAUUAUUAAGGUCAUUCUGACCCUAUUAGCACAAAUUUUAUUAAGUACCAUUAACAUUGCUCCAAUGAAUGCAGAAAGCAAACAUUUUCUUCAGUUUUGAUGCUACUUUGACCUGUUUUUUUUAUUAUUGUUGUAAAAGUUCAUCUUUUAUCAUAGCUUUGUUUUCAGACCCUUUGACAUAAAUUUAAAAGACCACACUUCAUACAGAUUGAACCAUCAGAUUACUCACAGCAGCCAGCAGCUACUGCGGAGAAAAAAGACCGUGUUCUUUCACCCACCAGUUAUAUGAUUCAAGAUUCAAGUUUAUUUAUCACGUAUACAUUGAAACGUAUACAUUUGUGAUAACACCUGAGGGUUUGCUGGGGGCAGCUUGCAGGGGUCAUAGCCCGGCACCAACACAGUAUGCCCAAUAUAAGGUUUGUUAUCUACUUCUGUACGCCAGUGAUCCAAUACCAGAGGAAAUCUUAUGAAUAUUGAGACCCACCAAUACCAUGUGUACCUUUCUGGGGGACGGAGGAACAGAUACUCUUGAAAUCAGGUACAUCACGUUCCCAAGCAAGAGAAAAUGUGCAGAUGCUGGAAAUC